AGCCGGGCUGCCGCAGCCUCCGGUCUCCACACCCGCGGCACCAACCCCUCCUCCUGCGCCGCGGCCGCCUCCCUCCUCGCCGGGGAAAGAUGCCCUUAACACAGGGGUGUGAAGAAGACGGAGAAGUCGCUGCUGGAGCCGCCCGCGCCGCCGCCGCCUGCGUCCUCUGAAUCCAGAAGAGCACCCCCCCACACUUCGCCUGGGCGGCGGGCGGCCGCGCUGCGGGUGCAGGAAAGCCCGGGGUGUCCGCCCUGCGCGGCGCGGCCCAGGCCGGCGGGAGAGCGACCACCGACAUGGAGCGGGCUCGGCGGGCCGAGUAGCCGCAGCUCCCGGAGCCCCAGGCGCGAGCGCCGCGCGCUGCCCGCCGCCCGCGUCCCCAUCCCCGGCCGCACAGCCAAGCCAGGCCCUGGAGAAGCGGGGAGAAAAAUGAAGAGUUUCCAUCGGAAUCCGUUGGAAAUAGAACAAACUGCAAAGCCUUAAAAAAAAAAAAAAAAGCAGGAUCUGGGCCGGAGAAAGGAAAAGCCUCCUCGGGGCAGACUUGGCUUGCUCGGAGCCGGGGGGCUGCUUCAGGGACCUCGCCCUCUCCCUUCCCCGCCGGAGAAACAGCCGCGGAUGCAGGAUCCAAGUGGUGGCUGGAGGAUUUGCAGCCGAGUGUUGGGCUCUCCCUCCCCCUUAUAUACAUUCGGUCUUCUUUUCCCCCUCCGUUUCCGAUUUGCCUUCUUCCUGGGAAGUGAAUCGCUGAUGCACAUCGGACUUAAUUCAUUAAUGAUGCAACAGGAUUCGUUUCAGGAUUAUGUUGCACGAGUUGAAUUUUGAAUGAAGAAGAGUUUUUUUUUUUUUUUUUCAAAGAAGUGUCGACGCUUUGGCUCGCUGUACUUUUAAUUAUUUUAUUUAAAUAUAUGACUUAACUAUUAUUCUUUUAAAAUGCAUUAAAUAUAUAUAUAUUUUUAUGGUAACUGGCCCUCGAAAUAGAUGUAUAUGUGCGAAAUUGAGGACGCAUCGGUUAAGUGAGGCUGCUGCUGGUAUUGGAUGUUAAAUUCAACACUGGCGUUGAGUGACAGUUGUUUGAAGAACAAGUGGUUUAUUUUUCAAACCACGCCUUUGGACAUUUAGGCCCAAAUAGCCCUAGUGAAAAAAAUCGCAAUCAUUAUUUAAAGGAAAGCCAGCCGCAACUGAAGCAAACAUGUCUGGAGAAGUGCGUUUGAGGCAGUUGGAGCAGUUUAUUUUGGAUGGGCCCGCUCAGACCAAUGGGCAGUGCUUUAGCGUGGAGACCUUACUGGAUAUUCUCAUCUGCCUUUAUGAUGAAUGCAAUAAUUCUCCACUGAGAAGAGAGAAGAACAUUCUUGAAUACCUAGAAUGGGCUAAGCCAUUUACUUCUAAAGUGAAACAGAUGCGGUUACACAGAGAAGACUUUGAGAUAUUAAAGGUCAUAGGACGAGGCGCUUUUGGAGAGGUUGCUGUAGUAAAACUAAAAAAUGCAGAUAAGGUAUUUGCCAUGAAAAUAUUGAAUAAGUGGGAGAUGCUGAAACGAGCUGAGACAGCAUGUUUUCGUGAAGAAAGGGACGUACUAGUGAAUGGAGACAACAAGUGGAUCACAACUUUGCACUAUGCUUUCCAGGAUGACAAUAACUUAUACCUGGUUAUGGACUAUUAUGUUGGUGGUGAUCUGCUUACUCUGCUCAGCAAAUUUGAAGACAGAUUGCCUGAAGAUAUGGCUCGAUUUUACUUGGCUGAGAUGGUGAUAGCAAUUGACUCAGUUCAUCAACUGCAUUAUGUACACAGGGACAUCAAACCUGACAACAUAUUGAUGGAUAUGAAUGGACAUAUUCGGUUAGCAGAUUUUGGUUCUUGUCUGAAGCUGAUGGAAGAUGGAACGGUCCAGUCCUCAGUGGCAGUUGGGACUCCUGACUAUAUCUCCCCUGAAAUCCUUCAAGCCAUGGAAGAUGGAAAAGGCAGAUAUGGCCCUGAGUGUGACUGGUGGUCCUUGGGGGUCUGCAUGUACGAAAUGCUGUAUGGAGAAACUCCGUUUUAUGCAGAAUCUCUGGUGGAGACAUAUGGAAAAAUUAUGAAUCACAAAGAGAGGUUUCAGUUUCCAGCUCAAGUGACUGAUGUGUCUGAAAAUGCUAAAGAUCUCAUUCGAAGGCUUAUUUGCAGCAGAGAGCAUCGACUUGGUCAAAAUGGAAUAGAAGACUUCAAAAAACACCCAUUUUUCAGUGGGAUUGAUUGGGAAAAUAUUCAAAAUUGUGAAGCUCCCUAUAUUCCAGAAGUUAGUAGUCCAACAGAUACGUCGAAUUUUGAUGUAGAUGAUGAUUGUUUAAAGAAUUCUGAAACAAUGCCCCCACCAACACACACUGCGUUUUCUGGCCACCAUCUGCCAUUUGUUGGUUUUACAUAUACAAGCAGUUGUGUUCUCUCUGACCGGAGUUGUUUGAGAGUCACAGCUGGCCCUAAGUCCCUAGAUCUAGAUGUUAAUGUGCAGAGGACUCUGGAUAACACCUUAGCAACUGAAGCCUAUGAGAGAAGAAUUAAGCGCCUUGAGCAGGAAAAACUUGAGCUUAGUAGAAAGCUUCAAGAAUCAACACAAACUGUCCAAGCCCUACAACAUUCCUCAACUGAUGGUCCACUAACAGCAAGCAAAGAUUUAGAAAUAAAAAGCUUAAAAGAAGAAAUUGAAAACCUAAGGAAACAAGUAAGAGACUCCAGUCACUUGGAACAGAAACUAGAAGAAGCUAAUUCUGUGAGAGGUGAACUUGAUGAUGCUGUUAGACAAAUCAAAGGUUUUGAAAAACAAGUCAGAACACUGCAACAGGAAAGGGAAGAUCUAAAUAAGGAACUAGUCCAGGCUAGUGAGCGAUUAAAAAACCAAUCCAAAGAGCUGAAAGACGCACACUGUCAGAGGAAACUGGCCAUGCAGGAGUUCAUGGAGAUCAAUGAGCGGCUAACAGAAUUGCACACCCAAAAACAGAAACUUGCUCGCCAUGUCCGAGAUAAGGAAGAAGAGGUGGACCUGGUGAUGCAAAAAGUUGAAAGCUUAAGGCAAGAGCUGCGCAGAACAGAAAGAGCCAAAAAAGAGCUGGAAGUUCAUUCAGAAGCUGUAGCUGCGGAAGCAUCUAAAGACAGAAAAUUGCGUGAACAGAGCGAACAUUAUUCUAAGCAACUAGAAAAUGAAUUGGAGGGGCUAAAGCAAAAGCAAAUAAGUUACUCACCAGGCAUGUACAGCAUAGAGCACCAGCAAGAAAUAAGCAAACUAAAGACUGAUUUGGAAAAGAAAAGUAUCUUCUAUGAAGAAGAAUUGUCUAAAAGAGAAGGAAUACAUGCAAAUGAAAUUAAAAAUCUUAAGAAAGAACUGCAUGAUUCAGAAGGCCAGCAACUUGCUCUCAACAAAGAAAUCAUGAUUUUGAAAGACAAAUUGGAGAAAAACAGAAGAGAGAGUCAAAGUGAAAGAGAAGAAUUUGAAAAUGAGUUUAAGCAACAGUAUGAACGAGAAAAAGUGUUAUUAACUGAAGAAAAUAAAAAAUUAACAAAUGAACUUGAUAAGCUUACUACUUUGUAUGAGAACUUAAGUAUGCACAACCAGCGAUUAGAAGAAGAGGUGAAAGAUCUGGCAGACAAGAAAGAAUCAGUUGCACACUGGGAAGCUCAAAUCACAGAAAUAAUUCAGUGGGUCAGUGAUGAAAAAGAUGCACGAGGAUAUCUUCAGGCCUUAGCUUCUAAAAUGACUGAAGAGUUGGAAGCAUUAAGGAAUUCCAGCCUGGGGACACGAGGAACAGAUAUGCCCUGGAAAAUGCGUCGUUUUGCAAAACUGGAUAUGUCAGCUAGAUUGGAGUUGCAGUCAGCUCUAGAUGCAGAAAUAAGAGCCAAACAAGCCAUACAAGAAGAGCUGAACAAAGUCAAAGCUUCUAAUAUCAUAACUGAAUGUAAACUGAAAGAUUCAGAGAAGAAGAACUUGGAACUACUGUCAGAAAUCGAACAACUGAUAAAGGACACUGAAGAGCUUAGAUCUGAAAAGGGUAUAGAGCACCAAGACUCACAGCAUUCUUUCUUGGCAUUUUUGAAUACGCCUACCGAUGCUCUGGAUCAAUUUGAAGAUUCCUUUUCUUCUUCCUCAUCUUCACUGAUUGAUUUUUUGGAUGACCGCUCUCCAUCCUGUACUCCAGCUAGCAAAGGCAGACGUAUUGCAGACAGUACUCCUCUUCCAGUUCACACACCAACCUUACGGAAAAAAGGAUGUCCUGGUUCAACCGGCAUUCCCCCUAAGCGCAAGACUCAUCAGUUUUUUGUCAAAUCUUUCACUGUUCCUACCAAGUGUCACCAGUGUACAUCUUUGAUGGUGGGCUUGAUAAGACAGGGCUGUUCCUGUGAAGUGUGCGGAUUCUCUUGCCAUAUAACGUGUGUAAACAAAGCUCCCACCACUUGCCCAGUUCCUCCUGAACAGACAAAAGGUCCCCUUGGUAUAGAUCCACAGAAAGGAAUAGGAACAGCAUAUGAAGGUCAUGUGAGGAUCCCCAAGCCAGCUGGAGUGAAGAAAGGAUGGCAAAGAGCUUUGGCUGUGGUCUGUGACUUUAAACUAUUUCUGUACGAUAUCACGGAAGGAAAAGCAUCUCAACCCAGUGUUGUAGUCAGUCAGGUGAUUGACAUGAGGGAUGAGGAAUUUUCUGUGAGUUCUGUCUUGGCGUCUGAUGUUAUUCAUGCAGGACGAAAAGAUAUACCCUGUAUAUUUAGAGUCACAGGUUCCCAGCUCUCAGCAUCCAAUAACAAAUAUUCCAUCUUGAUGCUAGUGGAUAGUGAGAAUGAAAAGAGUAAGUGGGUGGGAGUGCUGAGUGAAUUGCACAAGAUUUUGAAGAAAAACAAAUUCAGAGACCGCUCAGUCUAUGUCCCCAAAGAGGCUUAUGACAGCACUCUACCACUCAUUAAGACAACCCAGGCGGCUGCAAUCAUAGAUCAUGAAAGGAUAGCCUUGGGAAAUGAAGAAGGGUUAUUUGUUGUACAUGUCACCAAAGAUGAAAUUAUUAGAGUUGGUGACAAUAAGAAGAUUCAUCAGAUUGAACUCAUUCCAAGUGAGCAACUUGUUGCUGUCAUCUCAGGACGAAAUCGUCACGUACGGCUUUUUCCUAUGUCCGCUUUGGAUGGGCGAGAGACUGAGUUUUAUAAGCUGGCGGAAACUAAAGGGUGUCAAACCAUCACUUCGGGAAAAGUGCACCAUGGAGCUCUUACAUGCUUGUGUGUAGCUAUGAAGAGACAGGUCCUCUGUUAUGAACUAUUUCAGAGCAAGACCCGACAUAGAAAAUUUAAGGAAACCCAAGUUCCAUAUAAUGUCCAGUGGAUGGCAGUCUUCAGUGAACAGCUCUGUGUGGGGUUCCAGUCCGGAUUUCUGAGAUACCCCUUGAGUGGAGAAGGAAAUCCCUGCAGUAUGCUCCAUUCAAAUGACCAUACACUAUCAUUUAUUGCACAUCAGCCCAUGGAUGCCAUCUGUGCAGUUGAGAUCUCCAGUAAAGAAUAUCUGCUGUGUUUUAACAGCAUUGGGAUAUACACUGACUGCCAGGGCCGAAGAUCAAGACAACAGGAGUUGAUGUGGCCAGCAAAUCCUUCUGCUUGUUGUUACAGCGCACCGUAUCUCUCAGUGUAUAGUGAAAAUGCAGUUGAUAUCUUUGAUGUGAACUCCAUGGAAUGGAUUCAGACUCUCCCGCUCAAAAAGGUUCGACCAUUAAAUAGUGACGGAUCAUUAAAUCUCUUAGGGUUGGAGACAAUUAGAUUAAUAUAUUUCAAGAAUAAGAUGGCAGAAGGGGAUGAACUGGUAGUUCCUGAGACAUCAGAUAACAGCCGGAAACAAAUGGUUAGGAAUAUUAAUAACAAGCGACGAUAUUCCUUCAGAGUCCCAGAAGAAGAAAGGAUGCAACAGAGGAGAGAGAUGCUACGAGAUCCAGAAAUGAGAAAUAAGUUAAUUUCUAACCCAACUAAUUUUAACCACAUAGCACACAUGGGUCCAGGAGAUGGAAUCCAGAUCCUAAAAGACCUGCCCAUGCCAGGUUUCCCUUAUCCAUCCCCUCAUCUUCACUCCGGUCUGAUCUCCUCUCCGAUCAACUUUGAGCACAUCUAUCACAUGACUGUUAAUUCUGCUGAAAAAUUUCUUUCUCCUGAUUCCAUAAACCCUGAUUAUUCCCCGUCUCUACGCUCUGUCCCCGGUACACCAAGCUUUAUGACUCUGAGGAACCCCAGGCCUCAGGAGAGUCGGGCAGUAUUCAGUGGCUCAGUCAGUAUUCCAUCGAUCACCAAAUCCCGCCCUGAACCCGGACGCUCCAUGAGCGCCAGCAGCGGCCUGUCAGCAAGGUCUUCUGCACAGAACGGCAGUGCUCUAAAGAGGGAAUUCUCUGGAGGAAGCUACAAUGCCAAGCGGCAGCCCAUGCCCUCACCGUCAGAGGGUUCUUUGUCUUCUGGAGGCAUGGACCAAGGAAGUGAUGCUCCCGUCAGGGACUUCGACGGAGAGGACUCUGACUCUCCAAGGCAUUCCACAGCUUCCAACAGCUCCAACCUGAGCAGCCCUCCCAGCCCAGUGUCACCCCGAAAGACCAAGAGCCUCUCUUUGGAGAGUGCCGACCACGGGAGCUGGGACCCAUGACCACUUCUGCUCUCAGACCAGAUGCCAGAUCAGCUUUCUCUCUCCACCCUGCUCCACUCCACUCCACUCCACUUCCCCCGCCCAUUCCCAUCUUUCCCGCCACCUUGCUGCCUGGAAACACCCAGGGCAGGCCGUCGUGGCAGGUCGGGGUAUUGGGAAUUCUGACAACAUGAUCUACAGACCCACAGAGCCCCUCCACUAGACAGCAACAACCAUACAGAGACAGACUCAUUGAGCAGCUUAGAUUAAUACUGAGUUCAUUUCAUACACUUAGAGUUGCUUUCCCAUGAUACUCUGCCCCUGCCCCCAGAAGAUAGCCUCCGUAGACAGAUUACACAAGUGCAAGCGAUAAGAGUAAGUGUAGACUGUUUUCACAUAGUCUCAUUAUAGCACACGGUUCCCAGAUGGUCCUGGAGUGACACCGCUAGCUUCAUCCAGCACCCACAGUGAAUGUCAACCUGAUCUGAUCAUUGCCAGUGAAUCCUUAUUAACUAAAACAAUACAUAUUUUACUACAAUACAGAGUUCAAGUAAAUGCACAAACUGUAGAGGUUAAAUACUGAAUGUAUAUAGUAAAAGAAGAAGCAUCUUGUAUUCAACGAAAGAUGGAAGCAUAUAUAAGAGAGAUCAUUUAAUUUAAAGAAAUGUGUUGUUUUGUGUCUGUUUUCCAGCUAAGUAAUUUAAAGAGUGAACAACCUCAACCUGCCAUGUAGACAAGGAAAACAGAACAGUUCCCCUUAGUGCCAUGUUGUCAGACUGGUUCCAGGCUUUUUAUUGCCCUGGGAAGUGGUCUUUGGAGCCCCCUGGAGAUAAGCUUCAGGGCUUGCAAGUGGGGCCUGAGUACCAGAAUGUUCACACCUGAAGCCUCUGCAGCAUCACCAAAAGGCAAACUCAUUUCUGUCCUAGACAUUUCUUUUACUGAGUUGAAUUUGAAUAGGCUUUUUAUUUUUUGGAUUUUGUUACCUUCUGCAGAUCAUAGAAAUUCAAUUAAGUCCUCUCUCUCUCUCUCUCUCUCUCUCGGCACUUUUUUUUUUUCUUCUUCUUUCUCAAGGGACUUAAGGGAUGUCAUGUCUUCUGGAUGUCCAUAGUAAGACUGGUAAAAGUAUCCAUCCGACCAUCCAGUUAUCACCUUCCCUCCCCCAGGCUAAACCCAUCCCACCCUGAUUUCAGUGAGGUGUCUGUUCCUCCAGCCAGGCUGGCUUUUCAGGAAAGAUCCUGAUUUUGAAUCUGAGUGUGAGUGUCCUUGGGUCAACCUGAGAGCAGGGCCUUUGCUUACCAAAUAAUACGAAACCCCAAAUGCAAGGACUUGAACAGCCUUAACCGAAUACUCUCUUCCCACACCCAGUAGAAACUGGACAUGUUCAGCCUCAGUGUGCAGACAGGAAGUUAGUACAGCAGGACUUUGGGCCCAGAAAACUCUCUUGGCACAGCUGCUCUAUUGUGUUCCAAGUUGCAUUCGUCACCUGAAUUCCAGCUGUUUUAAUUAGCACAAGGAAAUGAGAUGCAGAGCCAGAAGAAACUUUAUUUCCCCUGAGUCAUUUCACCAGUUAAGCACCUGUGUGUAGAGGAGGAGACAGGAAUAAAAUCAUCUGAUGGAAGUAAAGAGAAUCUGCCUCUCCUUUGACUUUUCAACUAAGUUUUGCUGAGACAGAAAGUGUUUCCUCCUCUUUAAAAUUCAGCUAAAAUAGAAGUGUCUGCAAGUAGUUGCUGAUCUGAACCAGUGCUGGGGGCCCGUCUGAAUCCCCAGACCUGCACCUUGAGUCCUAGCAGUGGUCCCAGCAUGAUUCACUGGACAGCUCUAAUCUCCUAAAUCUUUUGGGUGGGGGGGGGGAAGUGCCAUGGGAAAGGACAUUUGUGCAUCAAGAUUUCCAGGUUCAACCCUUGACGUCAGUGGUUGUUCCUUAGAGAAAGAGGCAGCUGGGAUGCUUCCUCCCCUCUUCCUGGCCCUCCUUCCUUCCUCCUUCCUCCUCACUUCUUUCCUAGUCCUUCACCUGGUCCUCUUUUUUCUUACUAGGCUGGGAAGGAAAGAGCCCAUACUGCGGCCUCUACACUAAGCCGUGAAUUCAGAGAAUUGACAGCCAGUGUGAAUUUCUUUGAUGUAGCUGCUUAUUUUUUAUGGUUAUUUUUAGAAUGGAAAUCUGAUCCUUGCUGAAGUCUAGGUCCCAGGGAAGUGUUGCCUCACAGCCUCCCAACAGGCAGAUGAGAGUUUGUGGCAGGCAGCGCACGCAUAGUAGUCCAGUGGAUCACAGUGCAGGCUCUGGGCUUCCAGGGUAGUCCCAGUUGUUCUUACCAGUCCCCAUGAGCAGGCCCAAAGAUGAGCAGAAUCUACAAAAAGGACUUUGGGGAGAAGUAGUGGCAAGGGUGAUGGAGGCAUGGUGGGGGUGGGGAGGUUUCUCAAGAUAAUGAUAUUAAAUAGUCAGCCCUUAAAUAGAAACGUGUGUGGAAGCUCAUUUGAAAAGAGAGGGGAAGUGCUCCAGGGAGAAGGAGCAUCAGGAUCACUUCAGUCAGCAACAGAAAUCAGGAAAAAGGUGUUUCCAUCUGAAGUCAUCCUUAGUUUCCAUGCUCAGCAUGUGUAAGGCAGAUGGCAACAGAGGGCGUUGCCCCGCUCAGUAGAAAGGAACGAGGCACUUGUGGAUAGUCACCUUGUUGGCCUUUGGUGCUAUCUGUGUCCAGCUGGUUUGUUCUCAAAUUCUAAUGUACUUUUGUCCUGUGCUUUGGAUAUAUAUACAUGAGCUCUAUACCCAAAGGAAAAAUGCCUAUGUGCUCUUUUUGCCAAAAACAAACCCCCCCUUGUCAAAUGAUUACUAAAGCCCAGUUCAUUUCUUUAGGUGUGUGUGUACACACAUACACAAACACACACACCCUCAAAUGCAGUAUUCGUAUUCAUUCCUGGGGAGUACAGAUUGAAGGCAAUUAGAUCCAUCUCAAAAGGGGGCUCUUCUGUUUGUUUUUAUGAAGUAAUUCCUGUACCCCACCUCCAGGGGGCAAGUCUGAAGUUUUGGUUAACAUGGACAGCAGCAAUCUGGCAACCCCCACUGGCCCUUGGGCUCUGCCCCCCACACAAUUUGAAUCAUGUCAUUCGGGGACAUGGUGGUCACAUCUGCUUCUGUGAAAGACCUGUUGUGUUUCUCUGGACUCUCAGGCAUUGUUAAAGAAAAGCCAGAGCUGGGGCAGCCUGACACCCCCUCACCCCAAGGACUGCAGGGACUUUUGCCUUGCUUCAGUGAUGACACAUGGCAUUGUCCCAACUCUGGGAGCCCUGGGGCGUUCACAUCCACUGUCUCUAGAUAGAUGGCUCUCGUGGCCGCAGUCAGUCUUGGCUGAUGCAGAAGCUCAGGGCAUUUCACACGGCCCCUUCCCCCCAGGCCCAGGCCCUAAACUAGAUUCACCACAUGGCACUUCACUGCACCCUCCUUGGUCCACCUUCCAUAUUCCAACUUUAACUGUUACCCACAUCCAGAGUUCCCUGCAGAGUCCUGCUCCAUGAGGACCGAGCUCCAGUUAGGCUCUGACUCAGAUCCCAGCAGUGGCCUGGCCCGCAGCCACACUGCACCUGCUUGGCAGGGAUGAGCAUCACACACAGGAAACCAUUUGACUUGGGAGGGGGUGAUCAACUAGAAAAAAAAUCAACUUUGGAAUCUUAUGAAACAAAGGCACCCACCAUUUUCAUUUAAUAGUGUACCAUCAUUUUAUUUUAUACGAUUUUUUAGGAUUUUUCUCAUUGUAAUAUUAUUGUACAGUUUUGCAUGGCCUAGGUGUAAUCAUUUUUUGUUUGUUUGUUUAGAAUAUAAUACUGACAGAUAUGUGUGUGUGGACGGGGAAAAGAUAAUGCUUUGGCCUCUCCUCACUCCUUAUUUCAUUUUGUUUGGUUUAUGCCCUCAGUGUCUUAGGGAACUUUUUCAGAGACCCUCUGCUACCAAACAAUGAUGUGGAUUCUUUUGCACAGAAAUAUUUAAGGUGGGGUAGUCAAAACUAUAGCAAAAGGCUCCUCACCAAUAUUUUAUGUUGUUAUCACUUAAUAUUAAUCAGACUUUGAUGUAUUGCAAUAAAACAGGGAACUGUUAGAAUUGA